CUAGCCAAUGACAGGCAGACCCCACUCCUAAACAGCCCGACGGAUUGGAAGGAGUCUUCUCCAGCUCUGUCCAAUCCAAAGCAUGCAUUCCUAGUUUCAUUUACAUAGCUGCCCACUGGAUUGCUGCUGCGGGUGCUGGGACUUAGUUCACUUUGUCCGGUUUCAACGUUGUUGCUUACUUCCAAGAAAAAAUUGAUGUCCUGGGCCUCCCAGUUGAGACGGAACUGCAAUGAUGGCAGCUAUGAGAUCACUGUUCUGAUGAUGAACAACUCAGCCUUCCAAGUGCCUCUGGAUAACUUGACAACAGCGGUGAAUAAAGGUGUGGAUAUUGUGAGACAGCGUCUUCUUGAAGCUGGCUUAAAUGUGACUGUGAGUGCUAACUUUGUCAUGCCAAAAGCUUCGAUAUAUAAGACAAGUGACUGCAGGAGUAGUACUUGUGAAGGCCUUGACUUACUCCGGCAAAUCUCAAGUGAAGGAUGGAUGGGUUGUGUCCUCAUGGGACCUUCGUGUACAUAUUCAACCUUCCAAAUGUACCUUGAUACAGACUUGAACUAUCCCAUGAUUUCAGCUGGAAGCUUUGGAUUGUCAUGUGACUAUAAAGAAACAUUAACCAGGCUGAUGUCUCCAGCCAGAAAGUUGAUGUACUUCUUGGUUGACUUUUGGAAGGCCAAUAAUUUGCCCUUCAAACCUUUUUCUUGGAAGACUGCAUAUGUUUUCAAGAACACUAAUGAGUCUGAGGACUGUUUCUGGUACCUCAAUGCUUUAGAGGCUGGAGUUUCAUAUUUUUCUCAAGAACUUGCCUUCAAGGAUAUGCUCAGAAAAGAGGAAGACUUCCAGAGUAUAUUAAUAGACCAGAACAGAAAAAGCAAUGUGAUUGUUAUGUGUGGUACACAUCAAACUAUCUGUUCCCUCAAGGGUGACCGGGAAGUGGCUGAAGACACUGUUAUUAUUCUGGUGGAUCUGUUCAAUAACUACUACUUUCAGGAUAAUAUUACAGCCCUGGACUGUAUGAAAAAUGUCCUUGUUCUGACACUGCCUCCUGAAAACACCUCACAUUCCUCUUCAGAUGAAGAUUUAUUUCUGGCAAACAAUGACUUUGCUCGUGCCUAUUUGGAUGGAGUCUUGCUCUUUGGACACAUACUGCAGAAAUUUCUUGAAAGUGGAGAAGACGUUACCAGCCCCAAAUUUGCUCACGCUUUCAGGCAACUCACUUUUCAAGGGUACACACGUCCUGUGACUUUGGACAACUGUGGUGAUAUAGACAAUAGGAUGGUGCUGUUGUAUACUUCUGUGGAGACCAAAAAAUACAAAAUUCUCAUGAACUACUACAAAAAUAAGACUGAAGCAGUUGAUAAAAGCCCCAUGUUCAUCUGGAAGAACCAUAAACUUCCAAGUGAUAUUCCAGGUCAAGGCCCAGAGGUUCUGAUGAUUGCUGUCUUCACCCUCACGGGAGCUGUGGUUGUCAUUAUGUUCAUUGCUCUCAUAGUGUUGAGAAAAUAUAAAAAGAACAAUGAACUUCGUCAGAAAAAAUGGUCCCACAUUCCUCCUGAAAAUAUCUACCCUCUGGAGACUAAUGAGACCAACCACAUUAGCCUGAAGAUUGAUGAUGACAAGAGACGAGAUACGAUUCAGAGACUACAACAAUGCAAAUAUGACAAAAAGCGAGUUAUUCUAAAGGAUCUCAAGCACAAUGAUGGCAAUUUCACUGAAAAACAAAAGAUAGAGUUGAACAAGUUGUUGCAGAUUGACUAUUACAACCUAACCAAGUUCUACGGCACAGUGAAGCUGGAUUCCACAAUUUUUGGGGUGAUCGAAUACUGUGAGAGAGGAUCACUCCGGGAAGUUUUAAAUGACACAAUUUCCUACCCUGAUGGCACGUUCAUGGACUGGGAGUUUAAGACGUCUGUCUUGUGUGACAUUGCUAAGGGAAUGUCAUAUCUACACUCCAGUAAGACAGAAGUCCAUGGCCGCCUGAAAUCCACCAAUUGUGUGGUGGAUAGCAGAAUGGUUGUGAAGAUCACUGAUUUUGGCUGUAAUUCCAUCUUACCUCCCAAAAAAGACUUGUGGACUGCCCCAGAGCACCUUCGCCAGGCUGGCAUCUCCCAAAAAGGUGAUGUGUACAGCUAUGGGAUCAUUGCCCAAGAGAUCAUCCUGCGGAGAGAGACCUUCUAUACUUUGAGCUGCCGGGAUGAGCAGGAGAAGAUUUUCAGAGUGGAACACUCCAAUGGAGUAAGACCCUUCCGCCCAGACCUAUUCCUGGAAACAGCAGAGGAAAAAGAACUGGAGGUGUAUCUACUUGUAAAAAACUGCUGGGAGGAAGAUCCAGAAAAGAGACCAGAUUUCAAGAAAAUAGAGAAUACACUGGCCAAGAUAUUUGGCCUUUUCCAUGACCAAAAAAAUGAAAGUUAUAUGGACACUUUGAUCCGGCGUCUACAACUGUAUUCCCGAAACCUGGAACAUCUGGUGGAGGAAAGGACACAGCUGUACAAGGCAGAGAGAGACAGAGCAGACAGACUUAACUUUAUGUUGCUCCCAAGGCUAGUGGUAAAGUCGCUGAAGGAGAAAGGCAUUGUGGAGCCUGAACUAUAUGAGGAAGUUACAAUCUACUUUAGUGAUAUUGUAGGUUUCACUACCAUCUGCAAAUACAGUACCCCCAUGGAAGUGGUGGACAUGCUCAAUGACAUCUACAAGAGUUUUGACCACAUUCUUGAUCACCACGAUGUGUACAAGGUAGAAACUAUUGGUGAUGCCUACAUGGUGGCUAGUGGUUUGCCCAAGAGAAAUGGCAAUCGGCAUGCCAUAGACAUUGCCAAAAUGGCCUUGGAUAUUCUCAGUUUCAUGGGGACCUUUGAACUAGAACAUCUUCCUGGUCUCCCAGUGUGGAUUCGCAUUGGAGUGCAUUCUGGACCCUGUGCUGCUGGAGUUGUGGGGAUUAAGAUGCCUCGCUAUUGCCUAUUUGGAGAUACUGUCAACACAGCCUCAAGAAUGGAAUCCACUGGCCUCCCCUUGAGAAUCCAUGUGAGUGGUUCUACAAUAGCCAUCCUGAAGAGAACUGAAUGUCAGUUCCUGUAUGAAGUAAGAGGAGAAACAUACUUAAAGGGAAGAGGAACUGAGACCACCUACUGGCUGACUGGAGUGAAGGACCAGGAGUACAACCUACCGACCCCUCCUACUGUGGAGAAUCAACAACGUUUGCAAGCUGAAUUUUCAGACAUGCUUGCCAACUCUUUACAGAAAAGACAGGCUGCUGGGAUAAGAAAUCGAAAACCAGCACGUGUCCCCAGCUAUAAAAAAGGCACUCUGGAGUACUUGCAACUGAACACAACAGACAAAGAGAGUACCCAAUUUUAAACUGACAUGAAGGCUAGGACACAGACAAAUAUAGCACAGCUGGACUUAGGUAGUGGCCUCCGUGUCCUGAAAGCCUCUGUUUCCUGAGACCUCACUGGAGCACAGGAGACCAAGAUGCAUCUUAGCCCUGGCUAACCUGUCUGGACAUAGAUUUUCUUCUGUGAAUUGGAUAUGUGUUCUCAGUACCGUAAUCACCUUUUACUCUGGAGCUUCAGCUCAGCAUUGUUUCUCUAGGACCUUCUACAUGGGAAAGGGAAUGACUGUGAGGUCUCAGAGUUGAGAUUUUUUUGUAUUUUCAUUUAUUUUGUUUUUUAUUUACUGACUCCUGCCCCCCUUUCUUAUUCAUGAUAGGUCUUUUGAACUGUCACAAUUAUAUUUUAAGCAGCUUAAUUCCAUUAAAUUAUAUGUAAUAUUUGCCAUAUUUUAGGCAAGAAUAAAAGUGAAAAGUUUGAGUCUA